CUCGCUCAACCGAGAGGCUGCCUUGUUCCAGCAAUGAGUUUUGCCAGGGCGGCGGCGACUCCCUCCCUGGGGAGGCUGUACACAGAUGCCCGGAGGCCCCUCUCAGCUUAUGGAAGAAGAAUCAGUGUCAGACUUUGCAGUUCAAGAAUGACUUCAGAUAAUAUCAAUUGGGCAGCUGUGGAUCGAAUAAUCCGAGUGGAUCAUGCAGGUGAAUAUGGAGCUGACCGCAUCUACGCAGGGCAGAUGGCUGUUCUGGGUCGGACAAGUGUUGGACCGGUCAUUCAGAAAAUGUGGGAUCAAGAAAAGGACCAUUUGAAAAAGUUCAGCGAGUUGAUGGUCACCUUCAGGGUCCGGCCGACAGUUCUGAUGCCCCUCUGGAAUGUGCUGGGGUUUGCACUGGGGGCAGGGACUGCCUUGCUUGGGAAGAAAGGCGCAAUGGCCUGCACGGUGGCAGUGGAAGAGAGCAUAGCACAUCACUACAACAACCAGAUCAGGACACUGAUGGAGGAGGACCCUGACAAGUAUAAGGAGCUUCUCCAGGUGAUAAAGAAAUUUCGGGAUGAAGAGCUUGAGCACCAUGAUAUAGGCCUCGACCACGAUGCAGAAUUGGCUCCAGCAUAUGCCAUCCUGAAGAGUGUUAUCCAAGCUGGGUGCAAAGCAGCAAUAUUUUUAUCAGAAAGAUAUUAAAGUAUGUUUAUGUAUCCCUGUCUUUAAAAGAGGAUAGUAAUUAAACAAGUGACAUUUGCAGAGAAGGAAAUGCAAAAUUAUCAUGAUGUGAAUUUUGUUAAUAAACUACAAAGGUUUUUUUUUUUUCAUUA